AUGACUAAGACUCAGCAUAGACACAAAAGCUCAAAGAUCUGUGUGUGUGCCGUAGGGUCACUUACCGGUGAUGCUGAGGAGAGGCUUGUAGAUUUUCUGCUGGGUUCUGAACGCUACAAUAAACUUAUCCGGCCUGCGGUCAAUAAGAGUCAGCAGGUCACUAUUGGCAUCAAAGUCUCUCUCGCACAGCUCAUAAGUGUGAAUGAGAGGGAGCAAAUUAUGACAACAAAUGUGUGGCUGACUCAGGAGUGGAAUGACUACAGACUGAUGUGGGACCCAAAUGAGUAUGAGGGCAUCAAAAAACUACGAAUACCAUCACAGCAUAUCUGGCUUCCGGAUAUAGUGCUUUACAACAAUGCAGACGGGGUGUAUGAAGUCUCAUUUUACUGCAAUGCAGUCGUCUCCAACACUGGUGACAUAUUUUGGCUCCCCCCUGCUAUCUACAAGAGCGCAUGUGCUAUUGAAGUUCGCAAUUUCCCUUUCGAUCAGCAGAACUGCACAUUGAAAUUUCGUUCUUGGACGUAUGAUCGCACUGAGCUCGAUCUUGUCUUGACUUCUGAUUUCGCUAGCCGCGACGACUACACUCCCAGCGGCGAAUGGGAUAUUGUCUCACUUCCUGGUCGGAAAAACGAAGAUCCCAAUGACAUCAAGUACCUGGACGUCACAUAUGAUUUCGUGAUCAAGCGCAAACCCCUUUUUUACACAAUUAACCUUAUCAUUCCCUGUGUUCUCAUUACCUCUCUAGCAAUUUUGGUGUUCUACCUCCCCUCAGACUGUGGUGAAAAAAUGACACUUUGCAUUUCGGUUCUUCUGGCUCUUACUGUGUUUUUGCUCCUGAUCUCCAAGAUCGUUCCUCCAACAUCUCUGGCCGUUCCAUUAAUAGGAAAGUAUCUGAUGUUUACGAUGGUUCUGGUCACGUUUUCCAUCGUGACAAGUGUUUGUGUGCUCAACGUUCAUCAUCGUUCUCCGUCGACACACCGUAUGCCUGAGUGGGUCAGGUUUGUAUUCUUGCAUAAACUUCCAACUUUUCUUCUCAUGCGACGACCAGGAAGCUCCAACGUGCGGGAAAGGUUUCGACAGAAGCACCAGCAGAAAUCAUUCUCCUCAGAUGGGAAGAACGUAAAGACGGAUGGAGGACCAUUCUUUGAUGAUCCCGUGCGUGUGUGUGGGGCGUGGAGGGUCGGUGAUCUUCCUGAGGGGUCAGAGUUCAGACAGAGAGUGAGGGUCAGACAUGACCAAGAUGUGGAUGAAGCUAUAGAGGGCGUGAGGUUUAUUGCUGAACAUAUGAAGAUUGAGGAUGAUGAUGAAGGGAUCAUCGAGGAUUGGAAAUAUGUAGCCAUGGUGAUCGACCGGCUCUUCCUGUGGAUUUUUAUUCUGGUCUGUGUCACUGGAACUCUUGGACUCUUUGUGCAGCCACUCUUUCAGAGCUACAACACCUCCACGGCCGAGGAUGACUGCCCAUAGCGAUGAUGUCGGGUGGAAGAUUUAACAUGGCAACUUGAUCGCAUCAGCAAAGACCGUCGCUGUUGUCUGCAAUGCUGCUGAUCAGCAGAAAAGCCCCUCCAUUGCUUAUAGCACACGGAGAUAUCGACAUCUUUCAUAUUUACUGUUCACAUACGCACUGCUGCAGUGUACAUUUGUGAGAAAGGGGGAAUGUGUUUGUUCA